GUCCACUGGACCCCUAUUUAAUGGUACAUUCCCAGUGAGCGACGCUGUACUUUCGCUUUCAUCGUUUAUGAAGGCAAACUUUAGGGGGGAUAAAGAAUCAGUAAUAAAUCAGACUGGUAAUAAAUUUGGCCGACGUAAAAGCAUUGUGGACAGUACUGCUAAUUUGGGUUAUGGCGUUUCAAAUAUCCAGACUAGCGACUCGUGUUUCAGUGUCCGUGAUAAGUCGUGUUUUGGAAAAGCACCAGCUUUCGCGUCGCGUGAAGUUCAGUUUAUUUCACCCCGCUGGGAAUACCCCGCCGUGCGCGCGCCGAGGUGUAAAUAUAGCCACGCGCUCGGAGUUGUUCUCCACCUCUUCUGUGACCCCGAAGUGGAAAGGUGUUAGUGUGUCCAGUGGCGUGUCCAGUCGGAAGCGCUCUGUCGCGGUGCUGCUCGGAGCUGUCGGUGUGUCCGCCGCCGUGCUGAGCUCGAGUGCAGUUUGUGCCAUGGCCGCGCGCCCACCUGUCAACUUAGACUCGGACAAAAGUGACUGGAAAGAAGUGAAAAAGGAGCUUCUGUCCAUGAGCGUGAAGGAGAGAAGAGAGAUGUACAGGACUGACUACAUCUCCCUGGACAAGGUUCCUGUCUGGAAGCACAUGGACACUGUAUCUGCUAAGCCUCUUUACAAGGCCAACGAUGAACUGAAUCAGAAAAUCUCUCUCUUCCGUGGUGACAUCACCAAACUGGAGAUAGAUGCCAUUGCCAAUGCAGCCAACAAGACCCUGCUGGGCGGAGGAGGGGUGGACGGAACCAUCCAUCGUGGGGCAGGUCCUCUCCUGAGGAAGGAAUGUUCCACUCUGGGAGGGUGUGAAACCGGAGAGGCUAAGAUAACUGGAGCAUACGGCCUUCCAGCCAAACACGUUAUUCACACCGUGGGGCCAAUAGCUCACGGCUCUGUGGGAGAGACGGAGAGGCGAGCGCUGCGAGACUGUUAUUAUAACUGUCUGCACACGGCAACUGAGAACCAGCUGCGGACAGUGGCUUUCCCCUGUAUCUCCACUGGAGUGUAUGGAUACCCACCUGAGCAGGCAGUGGAAGUGGCUCUGAAGACUGUAAGAGAAUACCUGGAGGACAAUCCAGCGCAGAUGGACCGCGUGAUCUUCUGCGUUUUCCUCAAGUCAGAUGAGGAUCUGUACAAGAGCAGACUUCCUGCCUACUUUCCAGAAGAUGCGGUUCCUAAAAGCAAAUUAUGAGUGGAUGUAAGUGCGUUGGAUUCCUCGCUCAUCGCCUGCUCCUGCUUCCCCAGCAUCUGCCCUGUCAGCAACACCUACUGAUUAUUUUUUGAGUCCACAGAUUUUUUAUUUUGAUGGCAUGCAUCGAGUAAUUUCUUAUCGCUCAAUCCAGUCUUCACCGAGCAGCAGCACCGACGAUCAAAGGACGGCUUUUUUUGGCAUCACACUAAAGAGGACUGCCAUCACGCACUCAGAACAUCAAGUAAAUAAAAUGACAAGUGUUUCAUUAUUUCUCUGAAGUCGGUACUGUUGCAAUCAGGCAUCCCAAAAGGUUUCUUUUCAUACAUAUCUCAUUUCUGAUAAAUUGGAUUUUGCUAGAAUGUUCUGGAUCAGGGGUAAUCAGUCUUAUCCUCAAUGCCUUCGGGUUUUCUUCGAAACCAUGCGGGAGUUACACCUGAUACGACUAAUUAAUUGUUUGAAGCCUGAUACCAAUUUAUUGUAUAAUUGGAAUUAAGUAUCUUGCUGCUUAUUUGGAAUAUAAGCACCUACAGUUUCACCAGCCAUUUCCUGAAUAUCUGAUUCAGAGAGAUUUUGUACAGGUCAGGAAAUUUAAAGGCACUCAUUUUCAGAUAUGGAUUAUGCAGGCACACCCAUAAAACAUCAUGGAAACAGUAUGGAUGUACUAAAAUAACUGAGGAACUGUGUGUUGAAUGAAACGUGAAGUUUUUGUUUAUUACAGUUGAGGGAACUUGUCACUAAGCAGCUGGGAUAAUAUCACAAUUUAAUUAGCUAUUGCGUCUCCAUGAAGUCUUUUAUUUGGACAGUUUAAAGACACGGUGAUGGUAGAAAUGAGACAAAACCUGUCUAGAAUAUCAUUAUUUUUCAAAGAUAAGCUGAUUAAUUGCUAAUAAAAAUAACUAUAUAACUAAAAUGACAUUAUACGAAUACUUAUUCACUUAGCAUGACUUCCACCAUGCUGAAAAAGCUAAACAUUGCUUUGCACAUUCAAUUGCAAUUUCCACUUCUGAAGCAGUAAGUAACAUACAUAUGGGGAUUGCCUUGUAACUAUAUUUGAAUGCAGCAACAGAUCCUAGCCAGUGAGGGUGUUUUUUUUUCUUCCCCAGAUCAAUUUUAUUUAGGGAUUCUCCACGUUUCCUCUUGUACUUUUUAAGGAAAUCGAAAAUAUUUUUUGCAAGAAUACUCCUUGGAUUCUUUCUCCCCACAAAGGUAAUAAAUCUGAGAUUGCCUAUCGCUAUUCUAGAGUAAAUAAAGAAUUUGGGUACAGGGUACGAUUUGUACAUCAUUUUACGCUGCUAUAAUGGACAUGAACAUUGUGUGUAAAAGUAUAUUACUGAAAAUGAUUUUUUAAAAUAAAUCAGGCGUAUUGCAACCUAUUCACAGCAGCUCACGCAGACCAGUGCUCAUAACACUUAACCUACAAUGAAAAUGCACUCUUUCUUCCUUUGCUGUGUUUAUGUAGGUCGCUAUGAUGAAGGAUUCUCAUUAAAACCCGUUCCUCCCACUGAA